CAAGACAAGUCUCCCCCACAAUAUUUGGAGAAACUCAGUCAAAUCACAUCCCUGCUAAAUUUACCCAAAACACAAUAAUGGCUUCUCUUCCAUUCGCACCUCUCCUUCUGAACCUUCUUGCUUCACUGAUAUUUCUUCUCCUAAUCUCACCCUCGCAUUCACUAAAAUGCACGUCACAGACCUUCACAAACAAAAAGCUCUACACAAACUGCACCGACUUACCCUACCUAAGCGCGUACCUCCACUGGACCUACGACUCCACCAAAUCCACACUCUCCAUCGCCUUCAUCGCCCCUCCCGCCAAAUCCAACGGCUGGAUCGCCUGGGCCAUCAACCCCACCGGCACUGGCAUGGCCGGUGCUCAGUCUCUCAUCGCCUUCAAGCAAUCCAGCGGCUCGAUGACGGUCAACACGUACAACAUUAGCUCUUACAGUUCGAUCGUGAAAUCGAAGAUCGCAUUCGAUGUUCCCGAGAAGAGCGCCGAGUACUCCGGCGGUGUAAUGAAGAUCUUCGCCACUCUGAGAUUGCCGAAGGACACGGCGUCUGUGAAUCAGGUGUGGCAGGUUGGUGGUGCAGUGGAUCAUGGAAUACCAGUGAAGCAUGCGUUUGAGGCGGUCAAUUUGAACGCCAAGGGAACCCUAGAUUUGGUGAGGAGUGCCGCUAGUAACGCUCCGGCUCCAAGUGAAGGACCGAGUACUAAUGAAAAUGUAGGGGUUUCAAGGAUUGGAAACUGCAACUUUUGCUUGAUUUCUAUGUUGUUAUUUCUCGCUAGUUUUGUGAUUCGUUUUUAGUUUCCUUCUACUCUUCAUACAAAAUCAUUUGAAUUAUUAGAGGAGGAUUAUUGCUAUUUGAGGGACGAUUAUCUUUCUCCAUAUAUCUAUCGCUCGUUCAGAUAAAGAUUUUCCCUUUUCUUCUUCUUUUCUCUUCUUUUCUC